GCGCGCAGCUUCUGGUCAGUCUGAGAUUGAGACUGAAACUGCUCGAGGAGAGAAGCACACGUGCACGUACACGCACACGUACACGCACGCACACGUACACGGUGCGCGCGGUGGAACAAUCUCAACUCUCGAGCCGUCCGGAAAAAAAACAACCCAAUCAAACCCACAGGCUUGGAAUGUAAGACUUGCUCAACUGAGCGCUGAAGGAGUGUUUCAUUAAAGUUGUGGAUCAUCUGCAUGUCCAUAAGUGCUGCUGAGAUUUAAUUACAGAACACAAACCUGCCAUAGAAACCCAGUUGCUGCUACAGAGACACUUGUGCGGAUCUUUUACGCGUUUGGAUUGGGAUUCCACUGCUGUCACAUUUCUAAGGGAUAUAUCACAUUUCUCUACUCUUCCUCCAUCACCAUCAUCACCACGACUACGUCUCGCCGUCCGGAGCCCAGGGACAUCCUUUUGCACCACGUUUGCACCAUGAGCCAAGCGGACGUGUCCACAUGCUCUGCGCCACAGCGGGUUUUCCAAGAGGCGGUGCGCCGAGGCAACACCAAGGAGCUGCACUCCCUACUGCAGAACAUGAGCAGCUGUGAGUUCAACGUCAACUCGUUCGGACCUGAGGGCCAGACCGCGCUGCACCAGUCGGUCAUCGAUGGAAACCUGGAGCUCGUCAAGCUGCUGGUGAAGUUCGGGGCAGACAUCCGGCUCGCCAACCGCGAGGGCUGGAGCGCGCUGCACAUCGCCGCGUUCGGGGGGCAUCAGGACAUCGUGCUGUACCUCAUCACCAAGGCCAAGUACUCAAACGGAGCGCGGUGAUGCAUCAUGCAACUCUCUCUCUCUCUCUCUCUCUCUCUCUCUCUCUCUCUCUCUCUCUCUCUCUCUCUCUCUCUCUCUCUCUCUCGAACUACAGAGAGACUUAAUUUUAUUUCUGGCCAAAACUUCAGACUCUGCGCUUCGUUUUAUUUACCUAAAAACCAAAUUAGCGCCAGGACUGGGCUUCACAUGGAUAAAACACCUUUAACUAACUCCUGAGUGGUCUGACAUGCAUGUUCAUUGGUACUAAAGCUUUUUAAUCGCCCUGAUUGUGUCAGAAACAUCAGACUUAUUUUUGGCGUUUUUUUGCUGUCUGUCUGGAUGGAUGGAUGGAUGGAUGGAUGACCGGUCGCUCCUCAAAGUUACUGAUUUUUUUAAAUAUUUUUUUUGUUUUAUAAAAAUUACAAAUCAAAACACACACACGGAUGGCACUUGUGUUAUGCUGGAACAAAAGGGAAUUUAUUUUUUGGGUCAACACUGUUUCUGAGAUUCGUUUCUGAAAUGCCAUGUGGUUAUGUGGUUAUGUUGUUGUUCGUGUUGUUUUUGCAAUCAGUUAAAGCAUUUAAUUAUAAAAGCGUCUGAAUAAUAUUCAAAAAUGUAUCUGAAUAACAGCGUAAAGUGGCGUCAUGUUAAAGUACUGUACACAAUAGCUUUACUUCUAUAUCAGAGUAGUUCUGUGUGUCCUGCAGUCACCUACAGCACAUGCUAAGAGGUGUGUGUGUGUGUGUGUGUGUGUGUGUGUGUGUGUGUGUGUGUGUGUGUGUGUGUGUGUGUGUGUGU